AUGACGAAGAAUAACUUGGCUGUUCAUCUCAAAUGGCUGGAAACCCAAGGGAAGCCUUCAUACCCUCAAAUAGCGCAGUCUAGCUCGCCGCGACGCGAAAAUCACGAACCGCAGCAACCGACUCCCCCAAUUGACGAGAGUGCGAUACUUGAUGAUAUUCCCGAAGACGUGGAGAAUGAGACGGACGAAGAAAUGGCAAGACUGCUAUAUGCGCCCCAAUCGGCGAGAAAGCCUCGACUCUUGAGCAGACCCGACACGCUCCCCGCCAAUACACCCUCAACUUCAAAGAAACGCAGCGAGCACAAGCAGUCAAGCGUGGUACGAGAUUCUUUCCACGAACCACCGGCUUCAUCCCACAAGGCCGCUCGAGUAAAGUCUACCCCGUCACGACCGGAUAAUCCGAGAGCCUCCGAUUACGAUGACAUUGAAUCCAUUGAUCUGACUGGAGAAUUCGAUCCGUCCUUACUGUCCUCUGGUGCCACCCAAGCAGCCAAGUCACGCGGUCUACGGCCAGAUCAGACCACACCUUGCGAAACGAUUAAAGAGAAACGCGGAAAGAAGCGAAAGAGCGAUGAGUAUACUUCAGAUCUUCAUUCGCCCUCGAAACACUCGACCAAAGUGCGCACCCUGUCGGGUACGCCCCGGGCUAUGGGUGCGAGGGGCAAGAUAACAAGCGAAUCCACAAUUCCUCGCCAGACAGCCCCGAUGAAUCCUCCAAGCGUGGUGAAGCGACCCGUGAAAACAUUGCCCUCAUUCGAGAAUCCUCGGAAACAAGUGAUUGCUGAUUCCGACGAUGAGGAGGAAGACGAGGGUCUUUUCGAUGACUGGCCAGACAAUGAUGACCAUGGCAAUAUGAUGUUGGAUACAGAGGAGAGCCUCUACCCCAUUCUUCCUGAAAUGAGUCCAGCCGGCGAUGAAACAUCCGAGACAAAAUCCGGCAUCAAACAGUCGCACGAUAAAGAAAAAUCCACGCCCAAGGUGUCUUUCCCACCUGCGCAACUAUCCACUCAGACUGCACGAAAAACAGAACCAAAAGAUACCAUUCUAUCAACCCCGUCGUCAAAGCCAUCAGGGACGCAGGAGAAGGACCCGGCGGUUGUGGAUUUUCUGGCACUGGGGAGAAAUGCCUUUGGACAUGCAAUCGCCAAACUGAAGGCUAUCUUGCAAAAGAAUUCCGAGAUUGUAUACCAGCAGGCAAUGGAAGGCCAGCCAGUCCCAGAGUUGAUCGCCGAAAACAAGAGUCUUGUCGCCCAGAUUGAUACAAUCGAGUUGUUGAAAGAACAGCAAAACACCCACAAAGACUGUCUGGCUCGUAAACAGAAGUUCAAGCAGAAUCUGAUGCGCGUGAUUUCUCAAGGCCUUGAUCCAACGAGUAUGCCAGAUGAGCUUGCAAAAAGCCGAGCUGUCGAGAUAGAGUUGGAACAACUCGAAGGACACAUAUCACAGCUUCUUUGUCGAGUGAACCUCUUGGAGCUCGCGCAGGACAGCCCGUUGGACACGCUCCCUGCGGAACGUACAGAGCCAACAACUGCAAUAAACCUACUCGCACGUCAACAACCAAGAGCGCCCAACUUUCACAAUUCCCCCAAACCGAAAAAUGCGAACGAGUGGAGCGGUGGUGGAAAUCAUAUUGCCCGGAACAUGGGCUCACCGCAGCUCGAUUCGAUGGACCUUGAUGAGUUUGAUUGGAAUGCGAGUGACGACGAAAUACUCGAGGCAGCUGGAGGCUUCAACGGUGGUGAUCAAUUACCUAUUCGCGACUCUGGCAGCCAAAAUCGCAAGGUCUUUGCAGAGACCUCUGGAAACACCCAAAAGGCUGCUGCUCCGAAGAAGUCGCCCGGCCAUAGCGCUUUUUGGUCUAAUCAUCCUUGGUCCCAAGAAGUCCGAAAGGUCCUAAAGGAUCGAUUUCAUCUCCGUGGGUUUCGACCAAAUCAGCUCGAGGCCAUUGAUGCAACCCUUGCCGGCAAAGACACCUUCAUACUCAUGCCCACCGGAGGAGGGAAGUCUCUCUGCUACCAAUUACCCUCCAUUGUGACAACUGGACGCACCAGGGGAGUGACAAUAGUGAUAUCUCCAUUGCUCAGUUUGAUGGAGGACCAAGUAUCGCAUCUGCGAAAAUUGAACGUGAAGGCGUAUCUCAUCAAUGGUGAGACCGAAAAAGAGGAAAAAUCAUGGAUUACGAACCAACUCUCAAGUGCGGAAGGACAGGCCCUAGAGGUUCUGUACAUUACCCCCGAAAUGAUCAACAAGAACCAAUCAUUGGUCCGAGCCCUAGAAAGGCUUAAUGGGAGGAACAGGUUGGCCCGUCUGGUCAUUGACGAAGCACACUGCGUCAGCCAAUGGGGACACGAUUUCCGACCAGACUACAAAGAGCUCGGAGAAGUUCGCUCCAAAUUUCCUGGUGUACCAGUGAUGGCUCUAACGGCUACUGCCACUGAAAAUGUCAAAGUCGAUGUCAUGCACAACUUGAAGAUGGAUGGAUGUGAGGUGUUCCUGCAGAGCUUUAACCGUCCUAAUCUCACAUACGAGGUGCGGCCUAAGGGAAAGAAUGACGAAGUCUUGAACAGCAUGGCGGAGAUCAUCACAAGCCAUUAUCGUAACCAAUGCGGAAUUAUCUACUGCCUCUCGCGCAGAACAUGUGAGACUGUUGCAGAAGACCUGGAAAAGAAAUUCCGCCUCAAGGCGAAACAUUACCAUGCAGCUAUGCCCACCCAUGAAAAAUCAGCAGUGCAGAGUGCGUGGCAGGCGGGCAAAGUGCACAUCAUUGUUGCCACUAUUGCUUUCGGGAUGGGAAUCGACAAGCCCGAUGUUCGAUUCGUCAUGCAUCACAGUAUCCCAAAGAGUCUUGAGGGUUACUACCAGGAAACGGGUCGUGCUGGGCGAGAUGGCAGACGCUCCGGAUGCUAUCUUUACUAUGGUUACAAAGACACCGCAACUUUGAAGCGCAUGAUUGACUCUGGAGAUGGGAGUGGUCAACAGAAAGCCCGCCAAAAGCAAAUGUUGCGCAAUGUUGUUCAAUAUUGCGAGAACCGCAGUGACUGCAGACGUGUGCAAGUUCUCGCCUAUUUCGCUGAGAAUUUCCGCCGGGAGGAUUGCAGCAACACAUGCGAUAACUGCAAGUCUGAUUUGGUGUUUGAGGUUCAUGAUUUCACCGAACAGGCGUCCUGGGCUAUCAAGAUCGUGCGGCAAUUCCAGAUGUCAAAGGAGAAAGUGACUGUGAUCUAUUGCGCUGAUCUCCUUCGUGGAGAUAGCAAGCGACCUAAAGACCCAUCACACCGCAAAAUGGCAGGUUAUGGAAAGGGCGCUGACCUCGACCGUGGAGCAGCAGAGCGACUGUUUUACAGACUGCUGGGUGAAGAUGCUCUCGCCGAAGACAACGUGAUCAACAAGAGUAACUUCGCCGUUCAGUACAUCGUCCUUGGUCGCCGUGCAGCGGAGUACGAGAGUGGUAAGCGCCAGAUGAAGCUGGAGGUACGCGCCUCACCAAAUAGCAAGGGCAAGGUCCAAGCCAAACCCAAGCCCUCCGCAGCUGGAAAGAAAGGCAAAUCCGGUUCUUCGGGCUAUCCUCAGUCGACCAUGGUCUCCUCUCCCGUUCAAUCAGCACAAGAUCGCCGCCUCGAACGCUUCCAACACGCCGAACCCUCGGAACAACAGUUCUCGGGUGGCGAUGACAGUGACGGGUUUGAGCCGGUUCGGGUUACUGGGAAGUCUAGCCGUGCGAAACCGCGUGAGAUGGGCCCUCCCAUAACCAGUGAUCGAAAAUUGGAUCAACUCGAUCACAUGCAUCGGGUGGUCGUGGAAGAUUUCCAAGAACAUGCCAAAAUCAUGCUUCAAGAUCUUGUUGUUAAAAAGGGCCUCCGCUGUCAGCCUUUCUCGGACCAGUCCCUCCGCGAGAUGGCCAUAUACUUCCCCAAAAACCUCUCUGAACUGUCUCAAAUUCCCGAAAUCGAUCAGGACAAAGUGAAACGAUAUGGCCGGCAGAUCCUGGAACUGGUUGGCAACGCAAAGAGGCGCUACGAAGAGAUGACGCAAGAAGCCGAGACAAACGGUGUUGUCGCGGACCCCAAUCACCACAAUGUGAUCAAUCUCAGCAGCAGCGACGAGUACAGUGACGACGAUCUGUUCAUGGACGAGGGGACCUUCAAUCUGGAUAACCCUGUAGAUCCACCAAACAACACGGCCGAAGAUAUCACAAGUCGCUACUUCCCCCACCACUUUCUCCGGGUUAUGACUCCGGUGACGACUUUGAAUCUGGCCCAGCAGCUUCUAGCUCCAAGGGUCGCAAACGCGCACCCGGAAAACGCGCACCACGACGGAAGUAUGGCUCUACUGGCAGCUGGAAGGGCAAAGGCUCGCGAUCAAAACCCAAGUCAGAUCGACCGGCAAGCCAGUCCGCGCCCCGAAGGGGUGCUAAAAGCAAGACCCCAAAGUCCACGAUUGGAAUGA